UGUGGAGGGAAUUAUGGUGUUAAAUGCAGAGCUGUAGUCUAUGAAGAGCAUUUUAACAUAAUUCCCCCUUCUAGUGUCCAAGUGAGUGAGUGAUGCAAUAAGAGAUGCACACCAUGGCCUGUAUGCACGCUCGCCAUGCAAGACUCCAUUGCUAAAGAAAAAGUAUGUUGAACAUUAAAAGUUUGCUGAAUAACAAUAGACGCCUGUGAAAUACUGGGAGAAUAUAGCCUGAGACCAAAACUGAACUCUGUGGAAGCCAUUAUACACACCAUGUUUGGAGGUCAAAGGGCACUGCAUAUCAUCUCAAUAUACCAUACUAACAAUAAAGGCUUGGCUCUCGACGGAGGCGGUCACAUCUUCCUCUCUCCCUCCCUCCCUUCUUUCCUGUUUGGCUUCUUUUGUCUGGUCUAACUCAGCGACUCGCUCCGUCUUGUUCUCUAAAAUCAAGAAAUUCUGGAUUUGAUCAACUAGUCUCUUAACGCGACUGACAUCUUCUUCUCACCGAGAAGACCGGGGGAGCCUGAAUGUCCUGCAGGAAUGUUGGCUGCUGCAUACACAAUGGACGGCUGGGGGGUGGCGGGUCUUGUGCCUGGCAACACUCGAUGGAGGACGUUGAAGACAUCUACCUAUUUGGAACCCUGAUAACGGGGUUCCUGCUGAUUGGAGCUGGCAUAGCCCUGGCUUAUCUACGACUAAUGAAAGCGGUUACAGCUGCCCAAAAAGGUUGACCGGCAUGACUGAUGCAGUGAGUACUAAGACUGCUUAUUGAACGCACUAUAGAUAAAAUCAUGGAGAAGCUCGCGACUCUGCAAUGGGAAAUCAAUAGACCUGGGAUCAGUGAUGGAGAGUAGAUCAACUGCAGAAUUGGGAUGCAUCUUCACACGGCCUCCCCUCACCAGCUGGAAGCUCCAGGGCCGAAGCUGGAACAACAAGUCCUUCCAGAUUAAAGACGGUGUGUGACUCUGCCCUAUCCUCCUACUUCCUCAAGGUCACCUGUGUUGGCUGGGGGAUUGUUGACUUUUGCUUAAUACUAGGUAAAAGGGAACUCUCUCGAGUUGGAUACAGGAUACACGCAUGCAUACACGUGUACUCAGGCAGAUAUACAAUAACCUCCCCCCUCCAACGGCUUCGAACUUCCACCUGAUGCAGUCAGGCGGGUCUGUGUCCAGGGCCAGGGUCCGGCUGCAGGACCGGAUGGCUGUUGUAUACGUCGCCUCUCUCCCAAACCCCACCCAUCGCAAGUCACCUGUUUUUUAUGUUGUAAGGUGUGAAGACUCAUGUGGUUCAUUGAGGGUUUUGUUCCCAAACUGCUCUCCUCUGAGGAGCUCAGUCUGGGUGGAGUUUUUUUCCCUCCUCUCCCCUCAUGUAUUGUGUAUUUCAUUGUUUUUCUUACCAUCCUACCUCUCCGACCUGUUUUACCAACAUCAUGUUUGUGCCUGUAUUUACGGUCGGAAGGGGGCCUGUUUCACUGCAUUCAAUUCAAUUUUAUUUAUAUAGCGCCAAAUCACAACAGCAGUCGCCUUAAGGCGCUUUAUAGUGAACGGUAGAUGCAUGUACGUGUUUCAUUACUAGUGACAAUCAGUCAGUCAAUGCUUGUGGGCUGUCGUUCAGCAUAUGGAACUGUCACGCUUCAUGUAACUCAAGAAAAGGUGAAUAGAAAAAUGUACUGAGACAUUAGUAAUAAAGAAAUCUGUCAGGAUUUCAGGAUCAAACAUAGACAUGUAUAUAAUUCCCUUCUCACCCUGGGGCGAUCUUUAUCCUUCAGGCCUCUCUACCAGAGGCCUGUGCAGUAUCGUUGCUGUUCCUCGGACUGCGCUCUUCUACAGGAGAACUACUGCACUGCAAGUGCCCUGACUUCACUAUAUUAUACUAGCACAUCAAGUGGAAGUGUCUUUUUUAGUCACUGCGUAAAAGAACUAAUAAUGAAAAAACAAGGAAAACUACAUAAAUAUGAGUAAGAAUCAGUGUUACUGUUACUGGCAUUGACUGAUCUGCAAUGAUGAUUUUUAUAUAAUAUAUAAAUUUUUUCGUUCGUUCUGCUCUAAGAAGUCAUAGCACUCCAAUGCUAUGCUAUGUAUUUUUCUAAGUGGUUUAUGAGAAUGGAUUAUGCCACCACCCAGUGAAAUUAUUUCAGCUCACCUUCUGGGUUGUCACGAGUUUUGACCCACUUCAGAUCAACUCUAUUCAAACAUAAAUUACCAACGGUGGGAUUCUGGCAUUUAAAAAGAAAUGGCUCAUCUCAUUUAACGUGGUUAAGUUUGAGCAUCUCUCCACAGAUGUGUUCUGAUGCUCACCUUUAUUCACUUUUUGCAGACAUAGAUUUUACAGAUUUGCUGUUUUUUAGUUUAAUCACAUUGUGUUUGUUCUUCUGUCCAAUCACUGCAGCUUCUAUGCGUUUUCAGGGCGCUGACAACUUUUCUUUGCAACUGUGAUACUCCAACAACAUUUUAAAAGGACUCUGUAAAUAGCUGUAAACUAUUAAUAUGUGAGGUCUCCUGUAACCAGCAGCACAGCCUGUUUGGACACCUGCAGUUAUUAUUAGCACGACGUUGUACAAGCUGGCUGUGAAUCUGAAUUACAAUGUAAACUGGAUUCAGAGAAUGAUCUACAUGUUUGAGCUGUGUUAACACCUGAGAAGAAGUGGUGAAUCUGUGUGCGUUUGCCAACAGUUUCUUCAUUUUUAGUCAACAAACUGCAGCGUUUAUUUUGUUAUGUUUUGUAAAUUAAGAGAGAACACAUGGUUUCAGGUUUCAAAGGGGUUUUUGGCAAAGUUUAAAUCUUUUCUUUAAAAAUGUGAAUGUUGACUAUGUGUUUAGUGAUGUUAGAGGCUGCAUGUAAACUGACUACGGUGCAAAGUAGGAGAUGGUUUACUAGAUUUAUAAAUAGUUACUGGCCCAGUAAACUUUGAAUGUCUCCCACAGUAGUACCAGCAAAGUCUUAAAGCUGUACUGAGCACUUCUUUUUUCCUGUAACACAGAAAUAUAAAGUUCAGCUAUCCUGGGAGAAGUUAAAUGCACCUCAUUAAAAGCCCUACAUCAAAGUUGGUUAUUAAAAAUGUAAGCUAAAAUAUGAACAUUUCCACACUUAAAAUCAAAGUAAUAUUAGCUAAUGAAGGUUGAUUCUGCUCAUCCAAGUCAAGAUUAGCAGAAUCAGCCUCUGGGAUUUACUUACCUGGAUGAUUGAGCAUCAAGACACAUAUUAGCUAAUAUCACUAGCAGCUGUUUCACAAGAAUUGGAAACAAAACUAAAAGUAAUGUAAAAUUCUUUAAGAGUAAAAAUGACACUUUGGACAGAGAAGUUAUGUCUACUGUUAAAACAUGUCUGAUGAUCUGAUAGUGAAUCUUAAAAACACACAAAUAGUUCAUGACAUUGAAGCUAACGAAUGUGCUGAAGUGCGCUGGUUGCUACCGUAGCUGGAUGUUGUCAUUGCUGUAUCACCCACCGGUUCGCGAGUCUGCACUCAAGAACCAGUAUAAAUGUUGGCACUUUGGCUGUUUUCAUGGAGCCAGAGGUGGAGGAGAGGAUGGAUUAUUGGAUAUGCAGACAUCUCGUACAUACAAACUGCUUAUUAAAUCUGUGUUUAGUUUCCACUUUCAGAAGAUGAAGUGACCGGGAUGAGCGUCCUCUGCUCUGCUACAAAUGUUAAUAAGGCAAUACCCCCCCUGUCUCCACCCACUCUUCCUCUGUCCCUCUAAAUGCCACUCUCACACUUCAGUCCAGAUUUAGACUUCAGUCUUUCCCAGACAUUCUGUCCCAGCUGUCUCAAGCUUCACAGAGCAAUUUGUCUCCCUCUCAGUUUGUCCAGUUUUCCGUCCUUCUCACCAUGUCUGGACUCUUUCAACACCUCUUUAUCUGACUUGGCAGCAAAGUCUCACAGCUCCUCCAGGUAGACAGUCCGUCACAGUGCUGCUGUCUGUCAUUUUGAUGCCCAGGGUUUUGUGGGUCAGUGUGAUUCUACGUGUGCAGACCUCUUAUUGCUGUUGUCUGCAGGCUAUGGAACCUCUGGCAGAGGUCCAGACUGACACAUUCAUUUACAUGAACUUCAUGAAGAGUCACUCCUGCUACGAUGCCAUCCCAACCAGCUCCAAACUGGUCAUCUUUGACACAACACUGCAGGUGAAGAAGGCUUUCUUUGCUCUGGUGGCUAAUGGUGUGAGGGCAGCGCCGCUGUGGGACAGCAAGCUUCAGUGUUUUGUAGGUAUGCUGACCAUCACUGACUUCAUUAACAUACUACAUCGAUACUAUAAGUCUCCUCUGGUUCAGAUAUAUGAGCUUGAGGAUCACAAGAUAGAGACAUGGAGAGAAAUCUAUCUCCAGUACUCAUUUAACAGACUAAUCAGCAUUACACCGGAGUCCAGUUUGUUUGAUGCCAUAUACUCCCUGUUAAAGAACAAGAUCCACCGGCUGCCAGUUAUUGACCCAGCAUCAGGAAACGUCCUCCACAUCCUCACUCACAAACGCAUACUCAAGUUUCUCCACAUUUUUGGAUCUAUGAUUCCCAGACCCAGGUUUCUUCAAAGGCAAAUCCGUGAAGUGCCGAUUGGUACCUUUAAACAUAUUGCAACAAUCCAGGAAUCAGCUUCCGUCUAUGAUGCUCUGAGCCUUUUUGUGGAGAGAAGAGUGUCAGCUCUGCCUGUGGUCAAUGAACGAGGUAAAGUGGUGGCGCUGUACUCCAGAUUUGAUGUUAUUAACCUUGCAGCCCAGAAAAACUAUAACAACUUAAAUAUGACAAUGCGGGAAGUCAUUGCAUCCAGAUUCUGCUGUGUUGAGGGGGUCCUUAAGUGCUACCCUCAUGAAACACUGGAGACCAUCAUCGAUCGCAUUGCACAGGCUGAGGUACAUCGGUUGGUGUUGGUUGACAGUGAUGAUGUGGUCAGAGGGAUUGUGUCUUUAUCUGACCUUCUCCAAGCCCUCGUUCUCUCUCCUGCAGGCAUUGAUGCACUGUACUCCUAAGCAAUGUUCCCUGUAAUGUUUCAUGUGACUGAGCGAACACACAAACUCCCUGAGCAACAGCAGACGUGUGCACUGUGGUCACGCCAGCAUCAAAUCCAUCCAAGUUACAUGUUUAUUAAAACAAUCAAAU